GCGCCGAGGGUCCGAAGUAGAUGCUAGCCCUCGCAGGGAGAGCAUGCUCCGCCAUUUCACGCUGCCUGGUUCCGACGCUGGGUCGGAAAGGGAAGCCAUUGCCCAUGUUCAGGGUGGUUCUCAGGUCGGUCGAGUGGGUCGGGUGGAUGGAGAUGAGGAUGUUGUUGGCUCUGAGGACCCGGACGGUCGAGUAUCUCCAAAAGACAAGGAUGACAGUGCGUGUAAAGAUGCGGGUGAGAACAAUCAAACGUCGCAUACGGACGAUGUUGGCACCUCCGAGGAUCAUGGAGCAUCGCAGACAGACGAGAACGACAGCACGGCAGACCGUGGGGACGAGCGUCCAGGACAAGAGGUUGCGAAUGGAACGGUCGAGUGCCGGGGAGAGGGGAGCUUCUUCUCACCGCAGAGGAAAUCGUGGAGGCGUGUAUGAUGGAUGCUGCUCGCAUGUUUAGGGAUGAGGAUGAGGAGUGUGGAGUAUCUCAAAGAGACGACGCUGAUACCUCCGGUGGUCAGAUAAAUGAUGCUGUUGGUUUGGAGGAUUAGGAGGGUGGAGCGUCGGGGACAGACAAGGAUGAAGAUCAAGACAGUGGAGUGUCUCAGACGGACGAAGCUAUUGCCUCUGAGGAUGAGGACAGUCAAGCAUCUCAAACGGAUGAUGCUGUCGGCUCUG